GGCCGUGGCUGGCUGCGCUCGGAGCUGCGGAGUCCGGGACUGGAUUUGCCCAGGGGGGUUCGUGCCCCAAAAGCUGAGCGCGGGCGCUGCUGGAGCUUUGCGCACCAGACGGCAGAUAUCCCGGGCUGGCCUCCGCGGUUCCCUAUUUCUGCCUAUAGGAGUCGGGUAAAGGAACCUCUCCAGUGCGCUAAAGGACUUUCGCCUCGCAAAAGGGAGAGCAAAACUAUAGAACAGGAAGAUAGGGGCCUUUCUGCCCGUUGGAAUCUCGGCAACCAAGAACAGUGCAAUGCUUCUUUUCAUCCUGACGGCUUUGUGCCUUUGGCUGCGCCUAGCUCUGGGCGUGCGCGGCGCUCCCUGCGAGGCGGUGCGGAUUCCCAUGUGCCGGCACAUGCCCUGGAAUAUCACACGGAUGCCCAACCACCUGCACCACAGCACGCAAGAGAACGCCAUCCUGGCCAUCGAGCAGUACGAGGAGCUAGUGGACGCGAACUGCAGCGCGGUGCUGCGCUUCUUCCUCUGCGCCAUGUACGCGCCCAUAUGCACCCUGGAGUUCCUGCACGACCCCAUCAAGCCCUGCAAGUCGGUGUGCCAGCGCGCUCGCGACGACUGCGAGCCGCUCAUGAAGAUGUACAACCACAGCUGGCCAGAGAGCCUGGCCUGCGAUGAACUGCCAAUCUAUGACCGCGGCGUGUGCAUCUCGCCUGAGGCCAUCGUCACUGAACUCCCGGAGGAUGUUAAGUGGAUCGACAUCACACCAGACAUGAUGGUACAGGAAAGGCCUCUUGACAUAGAUUGCAAACGCCUAAGCCCAGACCGGUGCAAGUGCAAAAAGGUUAAGCCAACUCUGGCAACAUAUCUGAGCAAAAACUACAGCUAUGUUAUUCAUGCCAAAAUAAAAGCCGUGCAGAGAAGUGGCUGUAAUGAAGUAACCACAGUGGUGGAUGUGAAAGAGAUUUUCAAGUCCUCAUCACCCAUCCCUCGAACUCAAGUCCCGCUCAUCACUAACUCUUCCUGCCAGUGUCCUCACAUCCUACCCCAUCAAGAUGUCCUCAUCAUGUGUUAUGAGUGGCGCUCACGGAUGAUGCUGCUUGAAAAUUGUUUAGUUGAAAAAUGGAGAGAUCAACUUAGUAAAAGAUCAAUACAGUGGGAAGAGAGGCUUCAGGAACAACGGAGAACAAUUCAGGACAAGAAGCAAACAGCUGGUCGCACCAGUCGUAGUAACCCCCCGAGGAAAGGAAAGCCACCUGCUGCCAAACCAGCCAACCCCAAGAAGAACAUUAAAGCUAGGAGUGCCCAAAAGAGAACAAACCCAAAGAGGGUGUGACCUAAGUUUUUUCCAGAACGGAGACUUCCCCU